CAUGCGCAUCAGUCGGCUUCCUGACUCUCCGGUUUGCGCCAUUUUCUUCCUCUUAGCUAGCUAGCUAGCUUAGCUACCGUAUAAAUACAUUGAUUAGGCUAUCUUCUUAUUUAAUUCAGCCUUCCCAGUUAGUAAGUCGGCAUUUAAAUCAAUCGAUUUUUUAACAUGGAAGACGAAAGCCACCCCAAAACGCUGUAAGUAGUCAACACAACAGCCACGACUUUGCCUCCUAGCUAGCUUGACAAUGUUAGCUAACUAACUGUUAACUAGCUAGAUAACUAUCGACCUCAACAGCUUCCUCAUUUCAACCUCUCACUAGGCGAAUCAGCAUACUUUUUUUCUCCCCAGUGAAACAACGGUUACAGUCAGUAGGCUGACCAAACUGUAUUCGUGAACUUAGGCAAUCAUAUCUUGCAUGGCACAUCAGCUUGCUGCUAGCUAAGUUACCUAGCUAGAUAACUAAUGUUAGCUAUCUUCAUGUUAUUGAAAUGUCCCCAUCAUGGCUGGGAUAACGUUAUAGUAGUUAGCUAGCUGACAGCUAACUAAGUCAUGCCUUUCUCUCUAGCCGACUAUACUCAACGAUUUACGAGUUGAGUUUAAUCGACUUGCCUUUCUCUUGUCUGCAUACUGCAGUAAUGAGGAACAUGUGUUAUUUAAAACGAAUUAGCUACUUAAUCUUAGUAUCAAGACAAGUUGAUACUUAUAGAUAGCUAGCUACUUUGGUUGGUCAAUAAAUAAUAGCUACAUAAUAAUUAGGCUAUAAUUAAUUGCAAGAAGAGUGCCUUGGUCCUCGUCUUUUGUUGACCAAUUAGGCCUAACCUUAAACCAAAUAACAAGUAAAAUCUAAAUACAUUUUGUCAGAUCUAGAGGCUAUGCAGACCUUUUGUCUAGUGCCAAAAGGUGUCCGCUAGACUCAGAGCCAAAAGGAGUUCCCUAAAUGGACAGAUUUGUUUUCCAGAGGUGUCUUCAUUGGACAGAUCGGGGCACAUACCUUCCCACAAUCAUGAGCAAAAUCAGAUUUGUGUGCUUAAAACUAAAGAUUUGUGUAGUUAAAUUUGAUAUUCAAUAAAUAACAUUCAAGCCAAUAUUUGAAGCAACUAAACUUAUCCUAUCCUUAGCCUAUCCUUAAUCAACCUCCUAAGAUCACUCAUUUGCCCCAUCUUUUCCCUAGGUAUGUUGGUAACCUGUCCAGAGAUGUAACAGAAAUUUUGAUUCUUCAGCUGUUCACCCAAAUUGGACCUUGCAAAAGUUGUAAAAUGAUAACUGAGGUAAGAUAUGUUCUGCUCUGUUAGCUGUGAUGACUUAUGGAGACAUUUGUGUUGACUAGUUUCAUUAUCAUGUAUUAUGCACUAGGUCUAGGAAUUCAAGUCAGUAUACAGGGUACUACUGUUAACCUUUUUGACUGUAACAGCUGCCAUUGGCACAUACCAGUUUUUCACAUAAUUCCACCCCCUUUUCCAUUCAUUUUGAAUCAAUGUUGCCUUUGUUUGUUGGUCUUUAUUUCCCAUAUAAAACUGAUAAGAUUUGCAUCAUGUUGAAAAACACACCAUUACAUUUACAUAAUUGCCUUGACAUAUCAAGGACGGGAAAGGUCAUUGGUAAUUAGGCUUACCCUUUUAUAAAACAUUUAGCCUAUAUCCUUGCAUUACCUAGCAUUUAUUUUUGAUGCAGUUUUUUUUUCAAUAAUUUCAUUGUCACCCAAAAGGGAUUGGAUUCAGCACCUCCCUUAAACCGGUCUAAUAUCCUCCCUUAAAUCGGUCUAAUAUCCUACUCCUUGCAGUUACCGUAGUUACAGGGGGAUAAGGGUAAACAUGGUCUACCAUGGGAUGCCGAUGUAAUGGUUUCUAGUGGACCUGACCAAGACUUUGUCGACAUCUCCAGCGUAGCUGGGUGAGACAUUAUAGGCUACCCUCCAUAUGACCUACAGUGCAUUCGGGAAAGAAUUCAGACCCCUUCACUUUUUCCAAUUUUUUUUAUGUUACAGCCUAAUUUUAAAAUGGAUGAAAUUAUUUUUUCCUCCAAUCAAUCUAUAUACAAUACCCCAUAAUGACAAAGCGAAAACAGGUUUUUAGAAAUGUUUACACAUUUAUAAAAAAAUAAAAAAACAGAUACCUUUACAUAAGUAUUCAGACCCUUUGCUAUGAGACUUGAAAUUAAGCUCAGGUGCAUCCUGUUUCCAUUGAUCAUCCUUUAGAUGAUUCUACAACUUGAUUGGAGUCCACAUGUGGUAAAUUCAAUUGAUUGGACAUGAUUUGGAAAGGCACACACGGCUAUAUAAGGUCCCACAGUUGACAGUGCAUGUCAGAGGAAAAACCAAGUCAUGAGGUCGAAGGAAUUGUCCGUAGAGCUCCGAGACAGGAUUGUGUCGAGGCACAGAUCUGGGGAAGGGUACCAAAAAAUGUCUGCAGCAUUGAAGGUCCCCAAGAACACACUGGCCUCCAUCAUUCUUAAAUGGAAGAAGUUUGGAACCACCCAGACUCUUCCUAGAGCUGGCCGCCGGCCAAACUGAGCAAUCGGGGGAGAAGGGCCUUGGUUAGGGAGGUGACCAAGAACCCAAUGGUCACUCUGACAGAGCUCCAGAGUUCCUCUGUGGAGAUGAGAGAAUCUUCCAGAAGGACAACCAUCUCUGCAGCACUCCACCAAUCUACCCUUUAUGGUAGUGGCGAGACGGAAGCCACUCCUCAGUAAAAGGCACAUGGGAGCCCGCUUGGAGUUUGCCAAAAGGCAACUAAAGGACUGUCAGACCAUGAGAAACUGGUCUGACGAUACCAAGAUUGGUCUGAAUGCCAAGCGUCACGUCUGGAGGAAACCUGGCACCAUCCCUAUGGUGAAGCAUGGUGGUGGCAGCAUCAUGCUGUGGGGAUAUUUUUCAGUGGCAGGGACUGGGAGACUGGUCAGGAUCGAGGGAAAGCUGAACGGAGCUAAGUACAGAGAGAUCCUUGAUGAAAACCUGCUCCAGAGCGCUCAGGACCUCAGACUGGGGUGAAGGUUAACCUUCCAACAGGACAACAACCCUAAGCACACAGCCAAGACAAUGUAUUAGUGGCUUCGGGACAAGUCUCUGAAUGUCCUUGAGUGGCCCAGCCAGAGCCCAGACUUUAACCAGAUUGAACAUCUCUGGAGAGACCUGAAAAUAGCUGUGUAGCGGCGCUCUCCAUCCAACCUGACAGAGCUUGAAAGGAUCUGCAGAGAAGAAUUUGAGAAACUCCCCAAAUACAGGUGUGCCAAGCUUGUAGCGUCAUACCCAAGAAGACUCGAGGCUGUAAUCGCUGCCAAAGGUGCUUCAACAAAGUACUGAGUAAAAGGGUCUGAAUACUUAUGUAAAUGUGAUAUUUCAGUGUUUUAUUUGUAAUACAUUUGCAACGAUGUCUUAACCUGAUUUUACUUUGUCAUAAUGGGGUAUUGUGUGUAGAUUGAGGGGGAAAAAACAAUUUAAUCAAUUUUAGAAUAAGGCUGUAACCUAACAAAAUGUGGAAAAAGUCAAGGGGGCUGAAUACUUUCCGAAUGCACUGUAGGUGACAGUUGAGACGUCUUAGGUUUGGUCUCUUUUUUUUGUUGUUGUCCUGAGUGACGCGUUCAGUCAGAUGGAUCAGGGAAUGUUUAUCAGUCGAAAUGGGAUGUUUUCCAUUUCGGCUAACUUUCUUUCUCCUUUAAUAAAUGUAUGAUUAGGCCAAGUUCACAUGGCACCAAUUGUAGUUGGUUCUAUUUAGAUGUUAUGCAAUGAAUGCAAUCAGAUCAAAUUGCUUAUUUUUUCAGCCUUUGGCUGGUUAACCUUUUUUGCACACUUUUCCAAAAGAAAGAGGUUAGGGUUAUUGAAUCCCAGCCUUUUAAAUAUGAUGGCCAUUAUUUUUAAUUGGCUAACAUUGGCUCAGUUACAUAUAGCAGCACAAUAUUGAUGAUACACUGUAAUCCUCCGAUAGAGUAACAUGGUCACUCAGUACUUGCAAUUGUAUUCCAAAUAUACGUUUGGCAAUAAUAUACUCUCCCAACUUUUUUUUCUCAGCAACCCGAUAGCAGGAGGAUGAACUCUUCUGUGGGAUUUUCUGUUUUGCAGCAAUCAAGCAAUGACCCGUAUUGCUUUGUGGAGUUCUUUGAACACAGAGAUGCUGCUGCUGCCCUAGCAGCCAUGAAUGGGAGGAAGAUAUUGGGAAAGGUAAUUUUUCCACUCUGCAAUGAAAUACUCUGUAUGAGGCUGUUUCUUGCUAAGAAGUGCUGGUUCUAACCCUUUCACAGUGGCUUUUAGGGACAUGGAAUGAAUGCCUUUGCUCCACUUACAUUUGAUUGUUCUGUGAAAUGUUUAAUCUUCAGGAGGUCAAAGUAAAUUGGGCCACCACUCCAAGUAGCCAGAAGAAAGAUACAUCUAGUAAGUGUUUACAUUUUUUAACUUUUUCCUGUUUACUACAAAGUCAGUAGCUGCAUCAGGGAAUAAUAAUGAUUAUUUCUUGGCCGUUUCAGAUCACUUCCAUGUGUUUGUGGGAGACUUGAGCCCUGAGAUCACCACUGAGGAUAUCAAAGCUGCAUUUGCACCUUUUGGGAAAAUUUCGUAAGUUGCUUUAUGUUUUAAGCUUGUUGGAUUUAGUAUGUUUCCUCUGACUUGACAUCCUCUGGAAAUUGUUUUACUCAGUUAUUUCUUCUGAUCAUUUUAGUUACUUUAGAGUUUUUCUCAUGUGUUUGUAAGGGGUCCAUAAACAGAAUAGAUGUGUAACCACAUAUAUACAGUUGAAGUCGGAAGUUUACAUACACCUUAGCCAAAUACAUUUAAACUCAGUUUUUCACAAUUCCCGACAUUUAAUCCUAGUGUAAAUUCCCUGUUUUAUGUCAGUUAGGAUCACCACUUUUAUUUUAAGAAUGUGAAAAAAAUAGGAGUGAUUUAUUUAUGCUUUUAUUUCUUUCAUCACAUUCCCAGUGGGUCAGAAGUUUACAUACACUCAAUUAGUAUUUGGUAGCAUUGCCUUUUUAAAUUGUUUAACUUGGGUCAAACGUUUCAGGUAGCCUUCCACAAGCUACCCACAAUAAGUUGGGUGAAUUUUGGCCCGUUCCUCUUGACAGAGCUGGUGUAACUGAGUCAGGUUCGUAGGCCUCCUUGCUCGCACACGCUUUUUCAGUUUUGCCCACACAUUUUCUACAGGAUUGAGGUCAGGGCAUUGUGAUGGCCACUCCAAUACCUUGACUUUGUUGUCCUUAAGCCAUUUUGCUACAACUUUGGAAGUAUGCUUCGGGUCAUUGUCCAUUUGGAAGACCCAUUUGCGACCAAGCUUUAACUUCUUGACUGAUGUCUUGAGAUGUUGCUUCAAUAUAUCCACAUCAUUUUCCUUCCUCAUGAUGCCAUCUAUUUUAUGAUGUGCACCAGUCCCUCCUGCAGCAAAGCACCCCCACAGCAUGAUGCUGCCACCCCUGUGCUUCACGGUUGGGAUGGUGUUCUUCGGCUUGCAAACCACCACAUUUUUCCUCCAAACAUAACGAUUGUCAUUAUGGCCAAAGAGUUCUAUUUUUUUCAUCAGACCAGAGGACAUUUCUCCAAAAAGUAUGAUCUUUGUACCCAUGUGCAGUUGCAAACCGUAGUCUGGCUUUUUUAUGGCGGUUUUGGAGCAGUGGCUUCUUCCUUGCUGAGCGGCCUUUUAUGUUAUGUCGAUAUAGGACUCAUUUUACUGUGGAUAUAGAUACUUUUGUACCUGUUUCCUCCAGCAUCUUCACAAGGUCCUUUGAUGUUGUUCUGGGAUUGAUUUGCACUUUUCGCACCAAAGUAUGUUCAUCUCUAGGAGACAGAACGCGUCUCCUUCCUGAGCGGUCUGACUGCUGCGUGGUCCCAUGGUGUUUAUACUUGCGUACUAUUGUUUGUACAGAUGAACGUGGUACCUUCAGGCAUUUGGAAAUUGCUCCCAAGGAUGAACCAGACUUGUGGAGGUCUACAAUGGUCUUGGCUGAUUUCUUUUGAUUUUCCCAUGAUGUCAAGCGAAGAGGCACUGAGUUUGAAGGUAGGCCUUGAAAUGCAUCCAUAGGUACACCAAUUGACUUAAAUUAUGUCAAUUAGCCUAUCAGAAGCUUCUAAAACAAUGACAUCAUUUUCUGGAAUUUUCCAAGCUGUUUAAACGCACAGUCAACUUAGUGUAUGUAAACUUCUGACCCCACUGGAAUUGUGAUACAGUGAAAUAAUCUGUCUGUAAACAAUUGUUGGAAAAAUUACUUGUGUCAUGCACAAAGUAGAUGUCCUAACCGACUUGCCAAAACUAUAGUUUGUUAGCAAGAAAUUUGUGGAGUGGUUGAAAAACAAGUUUUAAUGACUCCAACCUAAGUGUAUGUAAACUUCCGACUUCAACUAUAUAUAUAUAUAUAUAUAUAUAUAUAAUAUGCGUUGUAGGUAUAAUUACUUUGACUAUUGGUUGAAAUACAAUUUUUAAAGAACGUCACUCCCAGUCUUGAUAAAUAAAUCACUAUCCCUUUCAUUAGUUAUUCAUUCAACUGUUUUGAUCAUUGUGAGAAACGGAAUGACAGAAGUGACACAAGCUCUUUUCAGUUGUCACGUAUAGUAUGGAUAUUGACUUUCAGUCUGUAUCAAAACCCCCACACUAAUUUCACUCCCAACAUUGAAUGUCAGCUUUCAAUUCUCCCUCAUGCUUUUUUGAUAAAUGUAGGAAAUGGUAAGUAGUUUAUGAUGGCAGAUUUAAGAUGGUACUUGUAUGUGUAUCCCUGAGAAGCUUUCUGCCUUUCCAUAGUUGUGAGUCUCAGUUAAGUAGUAGUGCUCUGGUUAUUUUACAGAAAUGCUUAUAGGAUUGGACAGGAGCUUGAAGGCUAACCGCAAGGAACUGUACACACUGGAAACUCAGAUGUAUACUUUUUUUCUCAUUUAUUAUUCCUUUCCAUGUGUAUUUUUUGUAUUAACAUGACCUAGUUUAGAAUAACAAACUCCAAUAUUCAAUAUACAGUGGGGUCCGAAAUUGACACCCUUGAUAAAGAUGAGCAAAAAUGAGAUAAAGAUGAAAUAAUUCAAAUAUCCACCACCAUAUUUUACAGUAUUUAUGGGGUUCUUUUCUACUCAUGCAUUCUCAUUUUGACGCCAAACCCACCACUGGUGUCCGUGGCCAAAGAGCUGUAUGUUCAUGUCAUCCAACAAAUGUAAACGCCUGGAGUUUGCUAAAUGGCAUUGGCACUUAGAUUGGAACCGGUGCUUUGGUCAGGUGACAUGAAAAUAGAGCUCUUUGGCCACACACACCAGCAGUGGGUUUGGUGACAAUGAGAACGCAUGAGCAGUAAAAUAUGGUAGUGGAUCUUUUUAUGUUCUGGGGCUAUUUUGUUUCCACUGGUCCUGGGGCCCUUGUUAAGAUCAACUGCAUCAUGAACUUUACCCAGUACCAGGACAUUUUAGCCAAAAACCUGGUUGCCUCUGCCAGGAGGCUGAAACUUGGCCAUAAGUGGUUCUUCCAGCAAGACAAUAACUCCAAGCACACAUCAAAAUUAAUCCACAAAGAAAUGGUUAGUUGGCCACAAAAUCAACAUUUUGCAAUUGCCAUCUUUCUCCGGACUUGAAACCGAUUUGAAAACCUGUGGUUUGAAUUGAAGGGGGCUGUCUAUAAUGCAGAUGAAGGAUCUGGAAGGAUUCUGUAUGAUCCCUCCCAAUGUGUUCGCCAACUUAUAAAACAUUGUAGAAAAAAGGUGAGAUUUUGAAAGGUAUUGAAAACAGGGGUGUCAAUAACUUUGACCCCAACCUUUUUUAGGGGGGGAAAAUAACUUUUAAACAACAAUUUGAGUGUACAAUAUAGCUCAGUAUUUAAAUUAUUUAUUUUAUAUAUUAUCAAGUGUCAAUAAUUUUGGAUCCGACUGUAUAUACACUGCUCAAAAAAAUUAAGGGAACACUAAAAUAACACAUCCUAGAUCUGAAUGAAAUAAUCUUAUUAAAUACUUUUUUCUUUACAUAGUUGAAUGUGCUGACAACAAAAUCACACAACAAUGAUCAAUGGAAAUCAAAUUGAUCAACCCAUGGAGGUCUGGAUUUGGAGUCACCCUCAAAAUUAAAGUGGAAAACCACACUACAGGCUGAUCCAACUUUGAUGUAAUGUCCUUAAAACAAGUCAAAAUGAGGCUCAUUAGUGUGUGUGGCCUCCACGUGCCUGUAUGACCUCCCUACAACGCCUGGGCAUGCUCCUGAUGAGGUGGCGGAUGGUCUCCUGAGGGAUCUCCUCCCAGACCUGGACUAAAGCAUCCGCCAACUCCUGGACAGUCUGUGGUGCAACGUGGCGUUGGUGGAUGGAGCGAGACAUGAUGUCCCAGAUGUGCUCAAUUGGAUUCAGGUCUGGGGAACGGGCGGGCCAGUCCAUAGCAUCAAUGCCUUCCUCUUGCAGGAACUGCUGACACACUCCAGCCACAUGAGGUCUAGCAUUGUCUUGCAUUAGGAGGAACCCAGGGCCAACCGCACCAGCAUAUGGUCUCACAAGGGGUCUGAGGAUCUCAUCUCGGUACCUAAUGGCAGUCAGGCUACCUCUGGCGAGCACAUGGAGGGCUGUGCGGCCCCCCAAAGAAAUGCCACCCCACACAAUGACUGACCCACUGCCAAACCAGUCAUGCUGGAGGAUGUUGCAGGCAGCAGAACGUUCUCCGCGGCGUCUCCAGACUCUGUCACGUCUGUCACGUGCUCAGAGUGAACCUGCUUUCAUCUGUGAAGAGCACAGGGCGGCAGUGGCGAAUUUGCCAAUCUUGGUGUUCUCUGGCAAAUGCCAAACGUCCUGCACGGUGUUGGGUUGUAAGCACAACCCCCACCUGUGGACGUCGGGCCCUCAUACCACCCUCAUGGAGUCUGUUUCUGACCGUUUGAGCAGACACAUGCACAUUUGUGGCCUGCUGGAGGUCAUUUUGCAAGGCUCUGGCAGUGCUCCUCCUGCUCUUCCUUGCACAAAGGUGGAGGUAGCGGUCCUGCUGCUGGGUUGUUGCCCUCCUACGGCAUCCUCCACGUCUCCUGAUGUACUGGCCUGUCUCCUGGUAGCGCCUCCAUGCUCUGGACACUACGCUGACAGACACAGCAAACCUUCUUGCCACAGCUCGCAUUGAUGUGCCAUCCUGGAUGAGCUGCACUACCUGAGCCACUUGUGUGGGUUGUAGACUCCGUCGCAUGCUACCACUAGAGUGAAAGCACCGCCAGCAUUCAAAAGUGACCAAAACAUCAGCCAGGAAGCAUAGGAACUGAGAAGUGGUCUGUGGUCACCACCUGCAGAACCACUCCUUUAUUGGGGGUGUCUUGCUAAUUGCCUAUAAUUUCCACCUGUUGUCUAUUCCAUUUGCACAACAGCAUGUGAAAUGUAUUGUCAAUCAGUGUUGCUUCCUAAGUGGACAGUUCUAUUUCACAGAAGUGUGAUUGACUUGGAGUUACAUUGUGUUGUUUAAGUGUUCCCUUUAUUUUUUUGAGCAGUGUACUUAAGGUCUGUGUAAAACUGUUGUCUCAUUCUGGUUUGCUUAGUAUUGUUGAUAGUUUUAUGCUCCUUUCCUAAAAUUCUGAAAAUGUAAAUGUUUUAAAAUUUGCAGCUCCCCAAACUCCAUAUUGGUGGUAACGAAUUGACCAGGAAAAAUAAAGAAAUCUGUUAUCAGGCCAUGUAUGCCGUUUUAAUGAUUUUUUUUUCUCUUUGAUAUUUCUAUUGAUAGGAUGAGCACCAUCAGCAAAUAUUAGGAAUGCAUGGUAAUCCAUAAGAAGUGUUGUUUUUGAGGAUUAUAAUUGGUGCAAUAUUUGACAGAGAACCCGUAACUGAAAAUUAAUCUGGAGAAAGAAGCAAUUAAAAUAUCAGUGUAGGUCGCAUGUCUUUGUACUUGUUUUUGUUUUCAAAUGCAAUAUUACCAGUAAUCAUUUGAGGAUUUUAAAAAAGUAAUUAAGAUUUUUAUGGGAGAAUGUAGUCUAUUUGCAGUUCAGUGUUAUGGAUGCUGUUGUCUUGUGUCCUUUUCAGGGAUGCUCGUGUUGUGAAGGACAUGACGACAGGAAAAUCUAAGGGGUAUGGAUUUGUGUCCUUCUAUAACAAACUGGUAAGGCUCCAGUGCAGGAACACAAGAUGAAGGUUAUUUCUAUUUCUGUUUUACUCUUUUCUAUUUUCAGUAGAUUUGAUAUUUUUAGAUAAUUUAAACUUUUAAAAAUAAGUACACAGUAAAUGCACAUUUCGUGUUCUGUUGAUCGAAUUGUAACUUAAGUACAAGUUGUAGUUUGUUUGAUAGUUCAUUAUUCCUGUUUAUCUAUUCUAAUCUAUCCAUCUAGUAUGUAAAACGUUAUAAAUUACAUAAUAGCACUUAGUUUAUAGAAUAUGUAUAGAAGCAUGUAGAAUCUGGAGAAUAAACUUUGUAUUUUGUUUAAAUCGACAGGAUGCAGAGAAUGCAAUCGUUCACAUGGGGGGACAGUGGUUAGGAGGACGCCAGAUCAGGACCAACUGGGCAACUCGCAAGCCACCCGCCCCCAAAAAUGUGCAAGACAGUAAGUAUGAGUGAGCUAUGACUAAUGAGUUGAAAUGGGAGUUAUGAGGCUGAAUGCUCCAUAGGUGCAGUCGGCGUAUAAGUGAGGGGGACACGUCCGUCCGUCCCCCCAAUAUUCUAGAGAGCUAUUUUGUCUCCCCCAAUAAUUUUCGAUCCACUGAAUGUGCCGCUUAGUUCAUAGAACUGCGGUUACGUGAGCGACCUCCAAUAUCCGCUAAAUGCAAUUGUGUCCAACAGAGCAGUUUUAGUUUUCUUCCUACAAAUUUGGCUCCAACUUUUGAACGGUUGGUGCUAUCAGCUAUUAUGACCCCAUCUCUGAAAGCCACGACUCUCAGGGAAAUGUACUUGUUGGAACAUGUACAUUUACAACACGUACAUUUCCCUCUACAACACACACAAGUUGCGCAGGACACGUUAGAAGCUGGCUUCUCUUGUUAUGUCAGUCACUGACACACUCACCCAUGUCAGCAAUUUUUUUUUAGCCUGAUGACUCGCACUAAAUUCUUCUGCUGCUCUGUCAUUUUGCUACAUACUCUAGUCUGAGACUGACAUUGAAGUUGUUUGUGGUGACGAAGGGCACGAGGGGUGUUUGUACAAAAUAGUCAUCAGCGAUUGGAUCGUCUCUAACCAAUCAGAGUAUCUAACCGCCGCUUUACCCAUGUGUGUUUUGGCCCAACCUGUCAGUUUCUGGACCAAUCAGACGGCCCCCUAAUGUGUUCGCAUUCGGUGAAGGGGUCAGGAGGUAAUCGGAUCCAGACUCAUUGCAGUGAAGAAACGAACGUCCGUGGGUGUGGCGUAGUGUUUGGCCGGAGCCAGGAGUCUGGGUAGCCAGGCAACAACAUUUUUAGAUUGGUAAAUUAGUCUAGCCAGCUAUCUAAACUUGUAGUAAUCAUGGUCGAAUUACCGACCGGGGGGCCCCCAUUGAUUUUGUUAGUCACUCUCAAUCAGAUAUCAUAUUAAAAACUGCAAACAUUUCUCUACAUGCCAUGGCAAAAUGUGUAGACUGCAGGAAAUUAACUCUAUAACAAAAAAACUUCUCUCCUCUGUCAAGAGGGGAGCCGCUAAAAUGUUUAGCUUAGGGCCCCAAAAAGGCUAGGUCCGGCUCUGACUGCAUGUGUGAGUAUGGAUUUGGGGACACAGACCCGCGAGCCACUGGCACUGUGGAACGCUUUCGACACCUUGUAGAGUCCAUGCCCUGACGAAUUGAGACUGUUCUGAGGACAAAAAGGGGUGCAACUCAGUAUUUGGAAGGUGUUCCUAAUGUUUCGUACACCCAGUAUAAAUUAAACACAGGAAAAUCACGUUUUUGACUGCACUGGGCCUUUUAAAGUUUCCAGAUUGGAAAGUUGGAAGUUCGAUCCCCGGUCGAGUCCUACCAAAGACUCUACAAAUGGGAUCUGAUGCCUCUGCUUGGCACUCCGCACUAGGAGAUGGAUUGGGGGUAAGGUGCUUAGCCAUGGAGCAAAUGAAAAUAGGGGGUGCAAACUUGUGUUUAUGCACCACCACCUUUUUUUACCAGAAGAUAAUUAUAAUCAUUGGAUCAUUUGUCCAUUUUCACGUCUUUUUUUAGCUAGUCUGUAUUUAAGAAAUGUCUUACGUGAUGUGAUGGCAUUUUGCAAACCCUUUCCCCGUCGCCCCAAAAUGAAAACUAAAGUUUUGCUUCACUACACACACACCACUGCUUUGAUUGGUGUAACGUUAGCUAGAAGCCACAAGUGUCUAUCCAGAUAAUGAAACGGCAAUUGUGAAAGAAAAUGAAAGGAACUUAUAGUUACAUGUCAUUUGCGGCCUCCAUGCUCAUGAGAAAAGUCAUUGUAGCCUAUAAUUUCAUUUCCCCUGUGAGAACCAUGAGGAUGGGCUGACUUGGCUUUGCUGUGCCGCAGCCAAAGCCUGUCAGCAGCCAGUUUACCAAAGGUUGCACCGUGUCCAUUACAUUGUAGAAAAACUCAUAUCAGCUAUCAUUCAAUAGUUAUCCAUAUUACCGGAGCUUCAUCUUAUUCAUUCUAACUAUUUCUAUGGUGGAUUCGCGGCUGCAAUUUAUGGAAGAUGCCAACACUUUGGAGAUAACAAUAGAUGGCGAAGUCAAAGAUACGCCAGUGGUUUCCAUAUGUGGCAAAGUUUUCUUUAAAUCAAUGCUUAUGACAAGUCCAGUUCUAGAACAAGCCAAAACCACAUCAACAACAGUUAACAUUAGCUAGCUAGAUAAGGUUAGCAUGCUAGCUAGCUACAGUUACAGCUGUAGCUAGCUAGCAUAUUUGUUUAUGUUUAUUAACUCCACAUGGAAAUUCCCACACCCAAUUCGUGAAUGUGUAUAAGGAGCCUUCGCCAUUCUUUGGAGGUGGAACCUAAAUGUGUAUUUCAUCUCUAGGACAGGAAAUUACUUUGAAAUUGUGGCGUCAACUUCCUCUGGGGGGGGGGGUCCUUUUAAAACACUACUCAAACGUGUCUUUACUAUGUUUUUCUACAAACCUUCCAGAGAGAUCAUGAAUAAUGGCGAACCUUGUUAAAGGCCCAGUGCAGUCAAAAAUCUGUUUUUACUGUGUUUUGUAUCAUAUUAUACAACAGCUGAAGAAAUUAACACUGUAAAAGUGCGAGAUAAUGUGAAAUGUAAUUGUUGCUGGUUGAAAAUACAAUCUACACAGGACCUUCUAAUCAGCAGGUUUUGCAUGGGUGGAGUUUUGGCUUUCCUGGUGACGUCACCAGGUGGUAUAAGUUAAUAGACCAAUAACAAAGAGUUUAAAACCUCUGCCAAUAAUAGCACAUUUUCAGGUCACAUAUCCCUCCCAUUAGGCCCCUCAGCUCUGGUAGAUUGAUCCACAUUGUGGUUAAUGCACUGCUUUGGUGUCAUUCCCCUCCCGAGUCAGACCACUUCCGGAGUCCUAGCAAAAUUCUUGCUUGAAAAAUUGUUUUUUGCUAAAAAGCUAUUUUUGUUAAUUUUUUUACCAUUUGAAUGGAAAAUUAUUACAUAAUACACUUUAAUUGUUACCUAUAAAUAAUUUGAUAUUGAAAUAAAAAUGGCUACAUUGGGCGUUUCUAAAAUGUAGGAAAUGCGUUUUCAAGUUUAAAUUUUUUUCUGGGUCCAGACCCCCCGCCAAACUUGGUCCCCCCCAAUGUUCAAAUCAUGACUACACCACUUUUUUGUAUGUUUACACCAGAUGGCUCGAAGCAGCUGAGGUUUGAAGAUGUAGUGAACCAAUCCAGUCCCCAGAACUGCACCGUGUAUUGUGGAGGAAUCCAGUCAGGACUGUCAGGCAAGUUAAUUUAAACAUGAAAAGAUACAUGCAGACGGUUUAGAAUCAUUAGAUGUUGCCAACAAAGUUGCGACUGGGUUGGCUGAAUGUUUCAUUGAAAUAUUUUUUUGUUGCAGAGCACCUUAUGCGACAGACAUUCUCGCCCUUUGGACAAAUAAUGGAAAUCAGAGUUUUCCCAGAGAAAGGUUACUCUUUCAUCAGGUACUGUUUUGUUCUAAGCGAAGGUUAACUAUUUUGUUUAUGUACUACACUAUAUAUUGCCUCAUUCGUCCUGUAGAUGGCAGUACCGGGACAUGACUCAAUGAUACAUCUUCCAAUACUACACCAAAAGCCCCCAAUAAUGUCUAGAAUCCAAUCAGAUUUAGUUGUGGAAGUAGUAGUUCAAUGAUUUUAUUACAACCUUGUUUGGUUAUGCUUUAUAGUACAUUUCAUGGAUAAUCCAUUAUAAAUACAUAUACAGCGUCAAUACAGGACUAAGAUUGAAGCCUACUACACUGGCUCUGACGCUCGUCGGAUGUGGCAGGGCUUGCAAACUAUUACGCACUACAAAGGGAAUCCCAGCAGCGAGCUGCCAGUGACGUGAGCCUACCAGACAAGCUAAAUGCCUUUUAUGCUCGCUUCGAAGCAAGCAACACUGAAGCAUGCAUGAGAGCACCAGUUGUUCCGGACGACUGUGUGAUCACGCUCUCCGUAGCCGAUGUGAGCAAGACCUUUAAACAGGUCAACGUUCACAAAGCCGCGGGGCAAUACGGAUUACCAGGACGUGUACUCAGAGCAUGCGCGGACCAACUGGCAAGUGUCUUCACUGACAUGUUCAACCUCUCCCUGACAGUCUGUAAUACCUACGUGUUUCAAGCAGACCACCAUAGUCCCUUUGCCCAAGAAAGCGAAGGUAACCUGCCUAAAUGACUACCGCCCCGUAGCACUCACGUCGGUAGCCAUGAAGUGAUUUGAAAGGCUGGUCAUGGCUCACAUCAACACCAUCAUCCCAGAAACCCUAGACCCACUCCAAUGCUGCCCCAACAGAUCCACAGAUGACGCAAUCUCAAUCACACGCCACUCUGCCCUUUCCCACCUGGACAAAAGGAACACCUAUGUGAGAAUGCUGUUCAUUGACUACAGCUCAGCGUUCAACACCAUAGUGCCCACAAAGCUCAUCACUAAGCUAAGGACCCUGGGACUAAACACCUCCCUCUGCAACUGGAUCCCGGACUUCCUGAUGGGCCGCCCCCAGGUGGUAAGGGUAGGCAACACAUCUGCCACGCUGAUCCUCAACACGGGGGCCCCUCAGGGGUCCGUGCUUAGUCCCCUCCUGUACUCCCUGUUCACCCCCGACUGCGUGGCCAGACACGACUCCAACAGCAUCAUUAAGUUUGCUGACGACACAACAGUGGUAGGCCUGAUCACCGACAACGAUGAGACCGCCUAUAGGGAGGUGGUCAGAGACCUGGCAGUGUGGUGCCAGGACAUCAACCUCUCCCUCAACGUGAGCAAGACAAAGGAGCUGAUUGUGGACUACAGGAAAAGGAGGGCCGAACACGCCCACAUACACAUCGACAGGGCUGUAGUGGAGCGGGUCGAGAGUUUCAAGUUCCUUUGUGUCCACAUUACCAAAAAACUAUCAUGGUCCAAACACACCAAGACAGUUGUGAAUAAUAAUAAUAAUAAUAAUAUGCCAUUUAGCAGACGCUUUUAUCCAAAGCGACUUACAGUCAUGCGUGCAUACAUUUUUUGUGUAUGGGUGGUCCCGGGGAUCGAACCCACUACCUUGGCGUUACAAGCGCCGUGCUCUACCAGUUGAGCUACAGAGGACCACAGAGGGCACGACAACACCUUUUCCCCCUCAGGAGACUAAAAAGAUUUGGCAUGGGUCCCCAGAUCCUCAAAAUGUUCUACAGCUGCACCAUUGAGAGCAUCCUGACCGGUUGCAUCACCGCCUGGUAUGGCAACUGCUCGGCAUCCGACCGUAAGGCGCUACAGAGGGUAGUGCUUCCUGCCAUCCAGGACCUAUAUACUAGGCAGUGCCAGAGGAAGGCUAAAAAAAUGUGUCAGACUCCAGUCACUCAAGUCAUAGAAUGUUCUCUCUGCUACCGCCCGGCAAGCGGUACCGGAGCGUCAACUCUAGGUCCAAAAGGCUCCUUAACAGCUUCUACCCCCAAGCCAUAAGACUGCUGAACAUUUAAUCAAAUGGCCAACCGGACUAUUUACAUUGACCCACCUCCCCUUUGUUUUUACACUGCUGCUACUCGCUGUUUAUUAUCUAUGCAUAGUCACUUUACCCCUACCUACAUGUACAAAUUACCUCGACUAACCUGUAACCCUGCACAUUGACUCGGUACCGGUAUCCCCUGUAUAUAGCCUCGUUAUUGUUAUUUUGUGUUCAUUUGUAUUUUAUUUUAUUUUUUACUUUAGUUUAUUUAGUAAAUAUUUUCUUAACUCUAUUUCUUGAACUGCAUUGUUGGUUAAGGGCUUGUAAGUAAGCAUUUCACGGUAAGGUCUACACCUGUUGUAUUCAGCACGUGACAAAUAAAAUGUGAUUUGAUAAAAAUGUAAAAGGUGAAAUCCACUCAAUCUUUUUGGUCUUUUUUUCAUUAGUCCACUGUUGAUACAGUCCCAAAAUGUUUUGCAUGCCAGCAGUCAAGUUUUCAAGAUCUUGGACUUUCAAGAAGCGAAGUGUCACUUGCCAAGUCCAAUAUCUUGAACUUCACUGCUGACAUGUAAAACAUUUUGGGACUGUAUCAACAAUGGACUAAUGAAAAAAAUACCAAAAUAGUUUUUGAGUGGAGUUAUAAAUGCUCUUGAAUGAAAUACUCAUUUAUUAAUAGUAUAAUAAUAUGCCAUUUAGCAGACGCUUUUAUCCAAAGCGACCUAGUCAUGUGUGCAUACAUUUUUACGUAUGGGUGGUCCCGGGGAUCGAACCCACUACCCUGGCGUUACAAGCGCCAUGCUCUGUACUUAUUACUUUCUUAGUAAACACUACAGGUAACUGCCAAAAUAAAAGAAACCCCAACAUAAAGUGUCUUAAUAGGGCGUUGGGCCACCAGAACCCGCCAGAACAGCUUUAAUGCACCUUGGCAUAGAUUCUACAAGUGUCUGGAACUCUAUUGGAGAGAUGCGACACCAGUAUUCCUCGAGAAAUUUCAUCAUCAAACCAUUCAGUGCCCAACUGUGCCUUGUGGAUGGGAGCAUUGUCAUACUGGAAGAGAUCACUCCCAUCAGAAUAGAAAUGCUUCACCAUAGGUUGAAGGUGAUCUCAGAAUGGCUGUGUAUUUAUUGGCAUUUACCUUGCCCUCUAAGGGGUUGAGUGAACCUAUACCAUGCAAGAAAAAUGCCAGAACGGAGCCACCCGAACCCUAAUUUACUCAAGUGCUUCCUUUAUUUUGGCAGUUACCUGUAUAUAAACCAUAAAAAUUAAAAAAUGUAAUUAUGCUGCACGUUUUUACUUUACAUUUUCAUUGCAUUGCUGAAAUACAUUUCUUGACCUCAGUUUCUUGUUGACAUUUGUGUUCUUCUGACAGGUUUUCCUCCCAUGAAAGUGCUGCCCAUGCAAUUGUCUCUGUAAAUGGAACGUCCAUCGAAUGCCACAUAGUGAAGUGCUACUGGGGCAAAGAAUCCCCCGACAUGGCCAAAAACGUACCACAGGUAGGACACAAGUAUCUUUUUAAUUGAGACAUUGCUCAAAUAAAAUCUCUACAUUUCCCAGUGCACAUGAUUUGCUUUACUCACCCAGAAAAAUGUAUCCUGCUCUGUAUUAUGUUUCCUGUUAUCUUUCAGAUGGAGUAUGGUCAGUGGGGACAAUGGAACCAAAUGUAUGGGAGCCCCCAGGCCCAGCAGUAUGGACAACAGUACAUGGCAAAUGGUUGGCAAGUGCCUUCUUAUGGAGUGUCUUAUGGACAGUCAUGGAAUCAGCAAGGAUUUGGUGUUGAGUGAGUAUUAAACAUUUUGGACAUUGUAAAAUGCUCUUGAAAGGAGAAUUCUUUCCUAAGUAUCUAAACCCGUUCAGUUGUUUGCAGCACUUCUUUGUUAUGGAGUUCUGUUCUUGCCAUCUCCAGUUAUGGUAGACUGACUGUUCACCAUUUUCUUCUGACUAUACUGUAGGCUUCCUGGUGCGGAAUUACACCAUAGCACGGUGAUUUCACAAAAUAGCCUCACAUUGCUGGUUACAUUCAUAAUUUUUUCCCCCACACUAUUUUCUUAACUCAAUAGCUGUUAUUAGGGGUUCACAGCGAACCUGUGAAAACCUAUUGUUAUUGUCUGAAAAGUUUGUUCUUGACAUGGUCAAAUAACGUUUUUUUCUAAUUUGGCACACAGAUACUAGAGGCCAUGAGUAACUUGGUCAAAAAAAUUGGCACCAAUUGGCCUGUGGGGGGCACAGUAAUAAGCAGUCUCACUUAAACCCUAUCAGUCGCCCCAUUGAGCUAUAAAAGAACUAGAAAGCGUCCAAGAUGGCCAACCGUUGUUUUCAACGUAAUCUACUCAUGUUCGCAUACUGUUUCAUGGUUGCUGCCAUCUUUCUAGAUCUGGUUUUACUGAACUAACACUCCGUGCGCACUAGACAGACAGCAGUAUCACGCGAACAUGCUCCGGGAAUUUUGCCAGAACGUGCCAAGCACAUGGACAGCUAUAGAAUGGCUGAUUUGCUCAUAUUUGCAAAGGCCUACCUGUGAUUUGGCUGUAGGAAUGGGAGGAAGGAAUAUACAUGCAUAAUGAUCUGCAUUUCAUUGUCAGUAAGGGGAAAACACAGCAUUAAACCUUCUUUACUCUUUAGUUAACACAGACACAUACUCUCCCUCCCUUCCUCACACACUCUGUCUCCCUCACUCUCAUAAACACACACGUCAUUCUCUUUCCCACAAACACAUACACACACUGCUCCAAACUUUUAAAACAUUAGGCACCAAACAGAAUUUAUGGAGCACCAGAAAUAAAUUGAUUUUGAUAUAGUUUAGGCUUACAUUAAUUAGGCCUAUAUGAAUCCUACCUUUUUUGAAGCACAUAUCAUGAGUAGCAGACGCUUUUCCUUUCAAUUUGCCUAAACCUACUGUCAAGUUACCAGGGUUGUUAGCUAGCUAGGUAACAUGACCUGAACAACAUUGUUAUCAAACCAAUAAUUAACGAAUAGAAUUUAAGAUAAAACGUAAUAAAUAUGAAUAGAUCUAAUCUAGGGCAAGGAUAAAGAAUGACAUAAUUAAAAACCUGUCUAGGUUCUCUACUGGAGUAGGCCUAUACGAUCCUAAAAUAAUUUAUCUUUUACAUUUCAAAAAUAAAUCUCAAUAUUAAAAAUGUCAAGGACAUAUUAUUGUUCCGAUACACACCGGCAAAUGGAUUGAGUAUUGUCAACAGGGUUGUUGUCUCUAUUAGUGUGUGGCGGGCUGGUUAACACUGGGUUAAACUGAUUAAAGCUAACUGUAGAGCCAACACAAUAACUGGCUUAUGGAAGCACUUCUCUAAGCAAGAAGGAUAUUAUAUAAUUUUUACAUUAGCUAUUUACGCUACCCUUAUAUUCUCGAUCCUAAUGAUAUAGGCCUAGGUGUAAAACAGCCGAGGUGAUGGAGCAACGACCCUGGAAUAAAAACAAAAUGUGUGUUUGUGGAGAGCGGGUGGGUUUUACAGGUUUACUCGCUCUGGAUUGUCAGUACUGCAUGUUUUUUUAUUUUUUUGCUAUCGUGCCAUGGCUGUGUCAGGGUCGAUUUGUAAGUUAAACUUAUGUAUCCCUUUAUGGGUAGUGUGAUGCCUAAGACACAUUUUUACUGGAAGUCAUUAGAAUGUAUGUUCCUUUUUCCUUCUUCCGUUUUGUCGGGAAGAAACAGGAUAUCAAAUCAAUAUAGUGAGGACUACAUGAAAUACAGUGGGGGAAAAAAGUAUUUAGUCAGCCACCAAUUGUGCAAGUUCUCCCACUUAAAAAGAUGAGGCCUGUAAUUUUCAUCAUAGGUACACGUCAACUAUGACAGACAAAAUUAGGAAAAAAAAUCCAGAAAAUCACAUUGUAGGAUUUUUUAAAAAUUUAUUUGCAAAUUAUGGUGGAAAAUAAGUAUUUGGUCAAUAACAAAAGUUUCUCAAUACUUUGUUGUAUACCCUUUGUUGGCAAUGACACAGGUCAAACGUUUUCUGUAAGUCUUCAAGGUUUUCACACACUGUUGCUGGUAUUUUGGCCCAUUCCUCCAUGCAGAUCUCCUCUAGAGCAGUGAUGUUUUGGGGCUGUCGCUGGGCAACACGGACUUUCAACUCCCUCCAAAGAUUUUCUAUGGGGUUGAGAUCUGGAGACUGGCUAGGCCACUCCAGGACCUUGAAAUGCUUCUUACGAAGCCACUCCUUCGUUGCCCGGGCGGUGUGUUUGGGAUCAUUGUCAUGCUGAAAGACCCAGCCAUGUUUCAUCUUCAAUGCCCUUGCUGAUGGAAGGAGGUUUUCACUCAAAAUCUCACGAUACAUGGCCCCAUUCAUUCUUUCCUUUACACGGAUCAGUCGUCCUGGUCCCUUUGCAGAAAAACAGCCCCAAAGCAUGAUGUUUCCACUCCCAUGCUUCACAGUAGGUAUGGUGUUCUUUGGAUGCAACUCAGCAUUCUUUGUCCUCCAAACACGACGAGUUGAGUUUUUACCAAAAAGUUAUAUUUUGGUUUCAUCUGACCAUAUGACAUUCUCCCAAUCCUCUUCUGGAUCAUCCAAAUGCACUCUAGCAAACUUCAGACGGGCCUGGACAUGUACUGGCUUAAGCAGGGGGACACGUCUCGCACUGCAGGAUUUGAGUCCCUGGCGGCGUAGUGUGUUACUGAUGGUAGGCUUUGUUACUUUCGUCCCAGCUCUCUGCAGGUCAUUCACUAGGUCCCCCCGUGUGGUUCUGGGAUUUUUGCUCACCGUUCUUGUGAUCAUUUUGACCCCACGGGGUGAGAUCUUACGUGGAGCCCCAGAUCGAGGGAGAUUAUCAGUGGUCUUGUAUGUCUUCCAUUUCCUAAUAAUUGCUCCCACAGUUGAUUUCUUCAAACCAAGCUGCUUACCUAUUGCAGAUUCAGUCUUCCCAGCCUGGUGCAGGUCUACAAUUUUGUUUCUGGUGUCCUUUGACAGCUCUUUGGUCUUGGCCAUAGUGGAGUUUGGAGUGUGACUGUUUGAGGUUGUGGACAGGUCUCUUUUAUACUGAUAACAAGUUCAAACAGGUGCCAUUAAUACAGGUAACAAGUGGAGGACAGAGGAGCCUCUUAAAGAAGAAGUUACAGGUCUGUGAGAGCCAGAAAUCUUGCUUGUUUGUAGGUGACCAAAUACUUAUUUUCCACCAUAAUUUGCAAAUAAAUUCAUUAAAAAUCCUACAAUGUGAUUUUCUGGAUUUUUUUCUCAAUUUGUCUGUCAUAGUUGACGUGUACCUAUGAUGAAAAUUACAGGCCUCUCUCAUCUUUUUAAGUGGGAGAACAAUUGGUGGCUGACUAAAUACUUUUUUUCCCCACUGUAUGUCUCUCUGCCGAUAGGCAACGUGCAUGUAAUGGACAUAAAUAACUGGUCUUGUGAUAUCUAUAGGUUUCUUUCUAAAAAAAAAUUGAACAAUUGGAAAGGUGAACUGAGCAGGCUGGGCUGACAUGGUUAUAGCCUUGGCUAGGACUUUCUUAAUAUGACCAUGAAUUUAUAAUAUUGUGCUAUUAUUAUUUCUAGUAAUAUUAUCUAUUGUUGUUUUAUUUUUUUCAGACUGUUUUCCAUGUUAUUUGGUUAGUUCUCUCUUUAAAAACACCCUCCUAAAUAUGCAAUAGACUUAUGGGACUUUGAAUGUGUGAAGGGUGGCAGUAUUGAAUAAUGUUAUCAUGGGACUGCCCAUAUUUCCCUCUGGCCUACGCCAAGGGUUUGCCUUAGGACGUGAAGGUGCGUCAUGAGUCAGGGAGAUGGUCUUAGUGACAACAGAGGAGGACGGUUUUAGUGGGUGGAAUAUUAGGACAAUUGGAGGUUUACACAGUUGCAGCUACAGUAUUCUUAACAGUGCAAAUAUUAUGGUAAAGCUAUAUGGACACUUAAUCAUCAUGGUCCUUUUUGAUGGUAAUUUUACAAACAUUGGUUGUGGUAAGUAUAAUUGAAAAUUGUAUCUCAUUAUGGUAAGUGGUGAAAUAAGUAUAGCCAGUUGUAAUGGCUUAGCAGAUAAUAAGAAAAGACAAUCCGUAUUUACCUGGCUAAAAGAGAAGGAAAAUAAUAUAUAUUGUUUACAGGGAACUCACUCUACAAAUAUAGAUGAGGUUGGGUUGGAAAGGACUGGGAGGGAGCAAUAUAUGUUUAUAUUAAUUAGCAAUAAUUUUGGAAGAUGGAUCAUUUUAAAUAUGCUAUUGGACCAAAAACCGAUCCAGCUAAUUCAUCUAUAUGGACCAAAUAAUGAUGAUCCACACGGAAAGUAUUCAGACCCCUUGACUUUCUCCACAUUUUGUUACGUUACAGCGUUAUUCUAAACUUGAUUAAAUUGUUUUUUUCUCAUCAAUCUACACACAAUACCCCAUAAUGACAAAGCAAAAACAGUUUUUUUUGAAAUUUCGGCAAAUGUAUUAUCAAUAAAAAUGGAAAUAUCAUCACAUUUACAUAAGUAUUCAGACCCUUUUACUCAGUACUUUGUUGAAGCACCUUUUGGCAGUGAUUACAGCCUUGAGUCUUCUUGGGUAUGAUGCGACAAGCUUGGCACACCUUUAUUUGGGUAGUUUCUCCCAUUCUUCUCUGCAGAUACUCUCAGCCUCUGUCAGGUUGGAUGGGGAGCGUCGCUGCACAGCUAUUUUCAGGUCUCUCCAGAGAUGUUUGAUCGGGUUCAAGUCCGGGCUCUGGCUGGGCCACUCAAGGACAUUCAGAGACUUGUCCCGAAGCUACUCCUGCGUUUUCUUGGCUGUGUGCUUAGGGUUGGUGUCCUGUUGGAAGGUGAACCUUCGCCCCAGACUGAGGUCCUGAGCGCUCUGGAGCAGGUUCUCAUCAAGGAUCUCCCUGUACUUUCCUCUGUUCAUCUUUCCCUCGAUCCUGACUAGUCUCCCAGUCCCUGCCACUGAAAAACAUCCCCACAGCAUGAUGCUGCCACCACCAUGCUUCACCGUAGGGAUGGUGCCAGGUUUCCUCCAGACAUGACGCUUGGCAUUCAGGCCAAAUAGUUCAAUCUUGGUUUCAUCAGACCAGAGAAUCUUGUUUCUCAUGGUCUGAGAGUCCUUUAGGUGCCUUUUGGCAAACUCGAAGCGGGCUGUCAUGUGCCUUUUACUGAGGAGUGGCUUCCGUCUGGCCACUCUACCAUAAAGGGCUGAUUGGUGGAGUGCUGCAGAGAUGGUUGUCCUUCUGGAAGGUUCUCCCAUCUCCACAGAGGAACUCUGGAGCUCUCAGUGACCAUCGGGUUCUUGGUCACCUCCCUGACCAAGGCCCUUCUCCCCUGAUUGCUCUGGUUGGCAGGGCUGCUGGCUCUAGGAAGAGUCUUGGUGUUUCCAAACUUCUUCCAUUUAAGAAUGAUGGAGGCCACUGUGCUCUUGGGGACCUUCAAUGCUGCUGACAUUUUUUGGUACCCUUCCCCAGAUCUGUGCCUCGACACAAUCCUUUCUCAGAGCUCAACGGACAAUUCCUUCGGUCUCGUGGCUUGGUUUCUGCGCUGAGAUGCACUGACAACUGUGGGACCUUUUAUAUAGACAGGUGUGUGUGCCUUUCCAAAUCAUGUCCAAUUAAUUGAAUUUACCACAGGUGGACUCCAAUCAAGUUGUAGAAACAUCUCAAGGAUGAUCAAUGGAAACAGGAUGCACCUGAGCUUAAUUUCUAGUCUCAUAGCAAAGGGUCUGAAUACUUUUGUAAAGGUAUUUCUGUUUUUUUUUUUUAUACGUUUGCAUAAAUGUCUAAACCUGUUUUCGCUUUGUCAUUAUGGGGUAUUGUGUGUAGAUUGAUGAGAAAUGUAUUUAAUCCAUUUUAGAAUAAGGCUGUAAUGUAACAAAGUGCAAAAAGUCUAGUGAUCUGAAUACUUUCUGAAUGCACUGUAUAAUAAUCUAUUGAGCUCACAAGCAAUGAAUGAAUCUAUUAUUAUUGUGAGAUAUAAUAUGGUUUUAAGUACCUCAAUGGAUCGUAAAGGAAAUCACACUACAGAAAAUGAUCACCCUCAUGAUUUUAAGGAGAUUAUGGCUACAUUAGAACUAGUGGAUAUAUGGACGCUGAAAAACCCUGACCUGGUGAGAUAUAAGGAAGCACACCUGUUAAUUGAAAUGCAUUCCAGGUGACUACCUCAGGAAGCUGGUUGAGAGAAUGAAAAGAGUGUGCAAAGAUGUCAUCAAGGCAAAGGGUGGCUAUUUGAAAAAUAUAAAAUAUAACAUAUUUUGAUUUGUUUAACACUUUUUUGGUUACUACAGUUUAGGUCAAAAGAUUAGACUAAUAAAGAAAAUAGAGGAAAUAAUAGCGCAGGUAGAUGGCAAUAAACUCCUAUAGAGCCACAAAAUAAGUUGGAGGGAAAACAAAUAAUUGGAGGAACUUAUUCAAGAACGAUCAAGUGUAAUUUAUUACAAAAAUAAAGCGAAUUGGAUGGAAAUGGUGAAAGAUGCACUACAUUUUUCUUGAAUCUUCAACAUAGAAAUGCUACCAAAAAGAAUUGAUAGAAACUCGUUACAAAUGACCGUCAUCCAUGAUUCACCAAAUGAUAUUUUGAAAGAGGAAGCAAAAUAUUUUAAGCAUAUGUUUUCUUCAGUCUCCAUCUCCACUUAAUGAUGUUAACUGUAAGGAUUUAUUUCCUAAUAAUAAUAUCAUUAAUAAUGUAAAAUGUAACAAUUCCUGUGUGAAGGCCAAUUUACAGAGGAGGAACUUUUUGAGGCAAUUCAAUCUUUUCAGUCUGGAAAAACACCAGGGCUUGAUGGUAUACCAGUAGAGGUAUAUCAGACCUUUUUGGUGUACUCAAAGAUCCAUUAUUAGCAUGUUUUUAAUUACUCCUAUAAAAAUGGUAGACUUUCAGGUACUCAACAAGGUCUGAUUUCAUUACUACUGAAACAGGACCCAGGUGCUAAGUAUAAAGAUCCAGUCCGUUUAAAAAAACUGGAGGCCUUUUACACUUCGAUGUUGUGAUGUGAAAAUCCUGGCGAAUUGCAUAGCACAUAGAAUAAAAAAUGUUUUACCAGAUAUUGUUCAUCCUGAUCAGACAGGUUUUUUACAUGGACGAUAUAUUGGAGAUAAUAUAUGACAAUUACUUGAAACAAUUGAACAUCAUGAAUCAAAGAUACCAGGCCUGGUCUUCAUAGAAGAUUUUGAAAAGGCGUUUGAUAAAGUACGACUAGAAUUUAUAUAUAAAUUCCUGGAUUACUUUAAUUUAGGUGAAUCUCUUAUACAAUGGGUUAAAGUUAUGUACAGCAACCCCAGGUGUAAAAUAGUAAAAGUAUUGAGCUUUAAGAGGAGUAAAACAAGGUAGUCCGUUGUCUCAAGUUUUUUCUUUAGUCCGUAAUCUGUAUUAGUUUAAAAUGGCCCGCGACAUGGUUUGUGAAAUUAUAUAAAAUGUGCGCGAAUCCUGAUAGAAAGGGGGGGGGGAAAGGCAUCCCCGGUAAUAUGGGUCAUAUUUUUAACCGUUUAGGCCAGACACAAGCCUUUUUCUUUGCUGUAAAGCUGCAAGCAUGCCUGUCGCAAAGCGGUGCUCUAUUGUCCCCCUCUGAACUCAGAGGCUGCAUGACUGUGAACUUGCAAAGUCUACUCAGACUGGUCUGUGCUCUUGGUUAUAACAUGUGAUGAAAUGAUACAAUGUAUUGCUCACUUUGCACGCUGCUCCAAUGUAACAAAUGUACAAAUCUUAAAGGGUCUGCAUCCCCGCUCGCCAUCGACUAAAUUAUAUUUAUAAAAACUGACAGAGGAAUAGACGCGCAUGAAGAGCGGACGGAGAGAAGCAGGUGAGUGAGACUAGUGGCUGUUGCUUAAAUUCAACUGAAUUUUAUAAACAAAACGGACUUUAUAAAAAUGUUAUAACGUGCCAGCAGGUUCUUUAGAUCGGUAGUGCUGAAAAUCGUUGGUAGUAUCAUAUAAAAUGGUACUACGGUAUUCUAAAAUGUCGGUAUCGUGAUGUUUUGGUACAGUGAUAUUAUCGUGGUACCGGUAUACCUUGCAACACUACACAUCGUAACUUAUUUUGAGAAAUGCUAAGGGAUUGGUCAAAAGAUGGCAGUUAUUAUCAAAAAUCUGAUUUUACAUGUCCAGUUUAAACCAUGGUAAAUCCACUCCGCAGUGGCCUUGCUUUGUUAUCCGACUGCUCGUGUCCUUUGUCAUCCUCUGAACCCCGUUCAUUGCUGCUCGCAGCUAUAUUUUCAUUAUGUAGUUUCAAUUUUAACAGCGUCGAAGUUAUAAAGCUCAUGUCACUUUUACUCCUACUUUUCUGUCAACAAUAUUCUCCUGAAAAACAGCAGUUUGGAGACAUUUUAAGGACAGUCCUGAUCAUUCUGACCACAGUUUCUUGUUGACAUUUGCAAGCAUAGGCCAUCCAGUGUCAUAGCAAACCUGGGGAAAUGGUUUGACUCCGGAGCCACACUUAACUAUGACAUCUUGUUCACAGGGACUCCAUUCUGGCCGCAGCAGCACAGAACAUUUCAAGGUGACAAACACACUCAGUGCUUCCCAGCCCAAAGCUUUCACUUACCAGCCUCUGCAUCUUGCUGUGAACCUUCCCUUGUGUGUACCUUCUCUCUUGCAGACAGUCCCAGUCCCCAGCCUGGGUGGGAGGGUUUGGAUCCCCGGCGCCGUCCCAGCCCGGUCCUGUGAUGCCCAACCAGGGAAACUUCAACAUGGCUGGCUACCAGACACAGUGAUCAGGCUCUCACUCACAUCAGUGGGAAUUAGUGGACUUUCAGUUAGGAGAACAUAAAGAAAAUAACAUUGUAAUCAUCUGGAGAGAUUGUGUUAAAGCAGAGAAGAUCAGGAGCAACAAUAGUUUACCUCUUUUGAGGAAGCAAAUGUUAUUUAUAAAGACGGGUAGGGAGUUGUUUUUAUUGGCUGAAGUUGUGUUGUGUACAAAUUAAAUUUCAACAAGAAGUAUGAAAAAAAAACUUGGACUGAAUUUUCACGCUUUUAUAUAGGGGAUAUCUUGGUAAAGAUUUUUUGAUGAGUUUUAGUUGACCACUUAAUGUAGUCUAAAACAGACUUAAUGUCAUUUAUAUACCCAUGUUUGUCACAGGACAUUGCACAGGUACAUAUAGAAAGAAGUUGUACAUUUUCAGAACAUAAUGCUCUUUAAAUUGUUAAAGAGUUUCUGAUUAAAUCACUUUCUGAACAUUUGACAGAUGAGUAAACACAUGUUCAGUCUCCUGCUUUAAGACGUUUAGCAUUUUGGCCCAACAAAGCAAGGAAAAAGCACUUUUAGGGUCAUAUUUGCUUUAAAUCUUCCAAGGCAUAUGGAUUUGUGUGCCAUUAUGUAUAUUUACAUUUUAUUUACUUCACUUUCUUUGUCUCCUGACAUUGUACUAGCCGUAUUCCUUAAUAAUGCGUGUAAAUCUGUAUGCUAUUAUUUGCUUAUACCUGUAAAUGUCACUUAUAAUGGAAAAGGGUCAUGAAGGCCAAACGUGUGUGUGUAUAUAACCCUCGAACACCUGAUUUGAAAUAAGGGUUUCCAAGCAUGUACUCUUUAGUGUCACAGGAGCUCCACAAACCUAAUGUUGUAUAUACUGUAGAUGGGUGUGCAAUGCAGGGCUGACAUAUUGAAUCUAUUCAAUAUAAUUUACAAAGAAGCCUUAAUUUAAAUGUCAGUUACUGCACCCUUUAUUAUUUUACUCAAUGAAGCCCUGUUAGAAAGCUGAACUCUAGAUUUUAGAACCAAUGUUUUUAUCAUUUAAAGUUGUGCCAUUUUCAGCUAAUAGCAGGAGACAAGUAGUGAACGUUUCCUGGAGACAUUUUGAGGGUGAAUUGCACGUUUUUGAAAAUGUAUUAUCUUGGUUGCUCAAAGUAUUGAAUGUAAAAUGGCAAUUGUUUUAAUGACAAAUAAAUUCAGCAAUUGACAAUUCAAUUUUCAAUGUAAAAGGGUCUCAAUAAAAAAUAAUUAUUGGAAGAAA